AUGACGCUUUCCGAAGACACCCUGAGGGCCGUGGAGGCGACCGCCGGCCUCAUCGCCGCUCAAGGCAUCGAGUUUACUCGCGCCUUCUACGAGCGCAUGUUGACCAAGAACGAAGAGCUGAAGAACAUCUUCAAUCUAGCCCACCAGCGCACCCUGCGCCAGCCCAAGGCCCUGCUCGACUCCCUCGUCGCCUACGCGCUGAAUAUCCGUAGGAUCAAUGAGCUGUACGAGCUGAAGGGGAAGGGCCUGCCGGUGCCGCCAGAGCACUGGGCCGAGCUGCAGGGCUUCUUCUCUGCCGCCGAGCGUGUCGCGAACAAGCACACCAGCUUUGGCAUCCAACCUGCGCAGUAUCAGAUUGUCGGCGCACACCUGCUCGCUACCAUCGAGGAUCGCAUAACCAAAGACAAGGACAUUCUCGCAGAGUGGGCCAAGGCCUACCAAUUCCUCGCCGACCUCUUCAUCAAACGCGAGGAGGAGAUCUAUGCCGCGACAGAGGGCUGCAAGGGCGGGUGGCGCCAGACUCGCACGUUCCGCGUCGAGGAAAAGACCAGGGUCAACGAAAUCAUCUGCAAGUUCAGGCUCGUCCCGGCUGAGGAGGGCGCCGGCGUGGUAGAGCACAGGCCCGGGCAGUACCUUGCUAUCUUCGUCCGCAGCCCCGAGCACUUCCAGCACCAGCAGAUUCGCCAGUACUCAAUUAUUUCGGCGCCGAAUAGCGCGUACUACGAGAUCGCGGUGCACAGGGACGAAAAGGGGACUGUUUCCCGCUAUCUCCAUGAUUACGUGAGCACUGGCGAUCUGCUCGAGGUCGCGCCGCCUUACGGGGACUUCUUCCUCAGGUAUCUCGAGGCCGAUGAGCAGGCCCCUGCGGACACACAGGCCUCGCAAGAGUUCCAAAUGCUGCAGAGCGGGGCCAUCAACUUUGCGGCAGAGAAGACGAUGCCGAUUGUGCUCAUCUCCGGCGGCAUCGGCCAGACCCCGCUGCUGUCGAUGCUCAGGUUCCUCGCGCAGAAGGAGGGCAAGGAGACGGCCCGCCCCAUCUUCUGGAUCCAUGCCGCGCACAACAGCCGCGUCCGCGCCUUCAAGGAAGAGGUUGACGCGAUCAGAGAGACGGCUCUGCCAAGCCUGCGCGUCGUGACCUUUCUGAGCGAGGUCAGGGCGACGGACAGAGAGGGCGAGGAUUACGACUUCGCCGGGCGCAUCAACCUUGACCGUAUCUCGGAACUCACCAAGCUGGAGGCAGACAACGCCAAUCCGCACUACUUCUUCGUCGGCCCGACCGGCUUCAUGACCGCCGUGGAGGAGCAGCUCAAGACCAAGUCCGUGCCCAAUAGCCGCAUCCACUUCGAGAUGUUCGGCCCCUUCAAGGCCUCCCAUUAG